AUGAACAGGGCUGUAGCCACCUGCUGGAUACUUCUCCUGCUUUCAGCGUUCCUGUGCGAACAGGUGAUGUCCAAAGGCGGCAGAGGAGGAGCCAGGGGGUCAGCGCGAGGCAGUGCCCGAGGAGGCCGCACAUCUCGCACCCGAGGUUCCCCCGCCGUGCGGGUGGCAGGGGCAGCAGCAGCUGGUGCUGUGGUGGCACUGGGAGCUGGCGGAUGGUACGCAUCAGCCCAACGUCGACCGGAUGACAGCUCAGAGAAUGGAGAUGACUACUAUAACAACAGAACAGGCUGGGAGCUUUACCUUGCCAGGACAUCAAAUGCAAUAAUGCAUGACUCCUUUGCCACUAGACUGUAUGCUCUGCUCCUGCCAAUAAACUUUUGGAUGUACUUUGCCCCUUGA